AUGACGGCCCACCCACCAGCACAGAUGGCGCACCGGCUCACUGAGCUGCCUAGCGCACCGCCGUCCCCAUCCUCGGGUACGCGUCAUCUGUCACCGUCCACUUCGGCAUCGUCUCUUGGCAGCAUCGGACAGCCUGCCCCCGUACUGACAUUCAACACGGGGCACGCGCACAAGCCACACCUGUCGUCUGUCGUGGUGCCGCCUACCCUUGAGCGUCGAGGCUCUAGCAGCGGCGCAACCGCUAGCGCGCCCUCUUCGGCCUCUGCGUCAAAGAGCGGCAGCUUCAUCGGAACAUCGCGUCUCCUCUCACGACACAGCUCGGCACGCGAACGCGAGCGUCCUGUCGGAGGAGCCGGUGCGAUAGCUAUGCGCUCCCACUCGGUCAAGGGCAAGGGCCGCGAAGAUGACGGUGGCCGCUCACCGAACUCCGAGAACGAAGUUAUCGAGACGCCCCAGCUUCGCCUAGACCGCGACCCGGAGACUGGCCGCAAAAUGAUUAACCAAUACCUGGUUCUCCACGAGAUUGGACACGGCACCCACGGUCGCGUGCGUCUCGGAGAGGACACUAGCGUGGAAACCGACGACGAGGACGCCCUUGCCACAGGGUCGGCACCGCGUCCACGGCAGCUCUAUGCCAUCAAGAUUGUCGAGAGGAAUCCCAAGAAGAAGCGUCUGGCAGGACUCGGGCGUCGCGAUGGCAAGCGCAACGAAGGCGCCAAACGCGUGGCAGAGAACGAGAUCCGAAAAGAGAUUGCCAUCUUCAAGAAGGUUCACCACCCAAACGUUGUGCGAAUGAAGGAGAUUAUCGACGACCCAGAGUCGAGCAAGCUCUUCAUGGUGCUCGAGUACUGCGAAGGCGGCGAGGUCAAGUGGAAGGGGCUGGAUGGCACACCUCUCUUGACCCUUGCCGAGACCCGCAAGAUCUUUCGCGACACGCUGCUUGGUCUGGAGUACUUGCACCACCAGGGCAUUAUCCACCGUGACAUCAAACCCAGCAAUCUGCUCAUCUCUGGCAGUCACGUCAAGAUUGCCGACUUUGGCUGCUCUCACUACUCUGAGGCUCUCCUGGCCGCCUCGGCACAGGACGGCGAGGCGUACGUCGAUGACGUCGAGCUUGCAAAGACGGCCGGUAGCCCUGCCUUCUUUGCUCCAGAAAUGUGCUACUCGGAGCUUCCCGACGACCUGCCAGCCCGGUCACCGAAUGCUACCGCCCAGCCUGACGGCGUCCCAACCUUCACAAUUCGCCCUCCAUCAACAGUUGUCGAAGAGAGCGCACAUCGCAGGUCAGCCGACGAGAUGCCUCCACCCCCAGUAUCCCGCCCCGUCUCUGAGAUUUCCAACCCUCGUCUGUCCGUCUCACGCUCCAUCUCCACUUCCACCGUUCCCCGUGGCCGCCCACGACACCCCAUCACCAACGCCAUUGACGUGUGGGCCCUCGGCGUGACACUCUACUGUCUCCUGUUUGGCAGGACGCCAUUCGACGCCGCAAAUGAGUACCUCCUCAUGCAGGUGAUUCCGACCGUCCAGUAUGAGGUUCCAGCGACCAUGGGCAAGGAGUGUAUCAGUGCUGGUCCCAGUGCCGGUGAGCAGGCCAGGGAAGCACUCGAGCUCUUGUCUCGUCUGCUCGAAAAGGACGCUGCGAAGCGCAUGACUCUUGAGCAGGCUAAGCGUCAUCCAUUCACCCUGCGCGACCUGCCAGACCCACAGACCUGGCUGGCCAAGACGGACCCGCACGCCCAGUCGUACGUGACUGUUACCAACGACGAAGUGGAAGCCGCCGUCACCCGCCACAGCAGCAUCCGCGACAAGUUCAGGCAGCGGUUCAAGACCAUUAGCCAUCGCCUGGGUUUCUUCUCGUCGAGCCGUAACCGUAGCCAAAGCGUUACCGACUCAGAGGCCAACGACACUGGAUCAUCGGGCCCUGAUGCGCCCUCGUCAACGCGGCGGGUGGCAUCGGGCAACGAUGUGCCAACGACUCCUGUCAACGGCGGUACCUUGGCACGAAGGUUGUCGCUGCUCACACGUGACCGCUCUCGUGCAGAGUCACCUCGUCCGGGACUACUUGCCUCGGCGCUCGAGCGCAGCCCGCCAACCCCGCACGAUCCACUCCCGGCCGACGAGCAUCUCCGUCUGCCGGCCGCUGCGGGCAACUCUGCCGAAGCCACACCACGACAGAUGCCUUCGUUGACGUCGCUGGACAGGUGGCGCGCUGAGCGGGCCGAGAUGCGUGCGGAGGGCAGCCCCGGUGGCGGUGGAGGCAGCAGUGGACGGCGCCAACAGUCCAUCGACCUGUCCGACAUGCGGCCACGCUCUGGGAGUACUGCGUCGAGCUCGACGGGUUCCAUCCUUGGGGCGCUGAGUCGCAACAUCUUCAGCAGGGCCAGUGUUAGCGGUGUUUCCGGUGACAUUCCAAUCGCCAAGCGCCAAUCAAUGCGCUCCAACGGCCACCCUGGCAUGCGGAGCCGUGGCUACACGGGUUCCUCCGCCGAGGCAGACGACAACGUCUUUGCCUCCUCUGUCGACUCGCAUGCCAUGCACGCGUCCAGUUCCACCGACGGAAUGCACGGUGCCGAGUUUCUGCGCGGCAGGAGCUACGACGACUUUCCCAGGCGGCAGAGCAUGGAUACGUUCGAGUCGGGCUCGCCGUCCAGUGUCGGCCACCCGCUGCAGGCCCCGUCGCCUGACCGCGCAAACGGCUGGGACCGCUUUGGCCGUCCCGACUUUGGUUUCCCCCCGCGACGCGGCAGCACGUUAUCCGAGGACAUUCGUCCCGUCAUUGAGGACGAGGAGUUUGACUGGGAAGGUGACGUCCCAGACUCGGACGACGACGAGAGCAGCGACGGACUCGACGGUCUGCCUCAGGGCCACGGCUUCAAGAGCGCACCGGCCGACUGGAACCUUUCAGAGUCGGUCGUCUCUUCCCUCGCCCGCAAGGAGGCGCGCAACUCGCCCACUGCCUCUCCCGUCCGCCAGCGGAUGCCGCUCGGCGCUCUUGGUGCUCCCGCCACCCCUGGUGCCAACACGGGCGGUGCCGGCGACGCCCAGUCGAUCCUCCGCCCCACUGGUGGCAUCGACAUGUUCCGCCUUAACACGCCAGGUGGCUACCAGAGCUACCCGGGUCGUGUCCCACCCAGCGCGUACCGCGCCAAGUCGCCCCUCGCUGCUGAGCCGGUACACAUCUACCCCGCGUCGUCUGGCGCCACGACUCCCGACAGGUUCCAAGAUGCGGACGAGGACGACGACGACGGGCUCGUCCUCGGGAUGCGGCGAGGGAGGAAGGGAAGCACCCUCAGCAGGCACAGCAGUGUCAACCGCGGCGGCCGCGCCAGUCCGUCCAUCAUGGGUCGUAGCCCACAGUCAUCGAUCGCGUUGAGUCCAUGA